AAUUAUUUAAACCAAUAAUAUCUAAUUUCGUAAUGAUAAGCAGUAGAUCUAUAAAUUCAAGAUCGGCUAAUCAUAAUUAGCGACCAUUUUUUAUUUUUAUUGAUAAACGUUCACAAAACAAUGUUUCUGUAACAAAUAAUAGCUAACUGAAUAAGCUGGGACUAAAUAUUAAAAACUAUGAUACGUGAUUUUAAUAAUAUAGCAUUGUAUUUAUCAUUAUGUGUGCUAAGAUUAUGGUGCACCACUUUACCUGGAUAUAUUCAUCCUGAUGAAUUUUUCCAAUCUCCUGAAGUUAUGGGUGGAGAUGUUUUUGGGUACGAAGUUUUCAGACCUUGGGAAUUUGAACAAAGUCCUCAAUGUAGAUCAAUAGUUAUACCAGCUUUAACUAUAGGACUUCCCUUCAAUAUUUUGAAAAUAUUAAAUGUGUGGGCAAUUAAAUUUGGAUAUGGUGAUAUAAUAAAUUCACAUUCUGUAUUUAUAACUGAAAGAUUGUCAUUUUUCUUCUUAUCAUUUGGUAUAGAUUACACUGUGUACACAAUUGCUCAACUAUUUUACCCUAACAAUGCAAUACAGUCAUUAUUAGUACUUGCAUCUUCCUAUGUUGUCCUUAUAUUUAACACACGACCUUUUUCAAAUUCCGCCGAGUUAAUUUUAUUAGCACUUUUAUUUUGUACAUAUGUGAAAGGAUCAACACCAAAAUUUCCGUUGCGACGACAACCUGGAGAUUCUUCUACUGAUAGAGAUGAAUUUCCGGUAAACCUUGCAUUCCUAUUUGGUUGUAUUGCAGCUUUUGGCUUCUUUACUAGGAUUACAUUUAUUUUAUAUGCUUUUCCUAUCGGAAUUGCUUUUCUUCACUAUAUAUUUUUAUCUGCAAGAGCACAAGGGAAAUCUUGGCAUAGCAAAUUCUCUGAACUAUUUCCAGCAUGUUUAGGAUUAGUUACUACUACAGGAAUAUGUGUAUUAGCUGAUUCUUUAUAUUUUGGCACAUUAAAAGUUACGUUUGGUGGAGUUAUUCUUAACAACGAUCAUAUAUUUGAAUUCUUGAGUAAUCCAGCAAAAUUUAUGAAAAUUGGAUGGCAUGGUAAAUUUAUUAUCACUCCAUUGAAUAAUUUUAUAUAUAAUAUAAAUUCCGAAAAUUUAUCUCAACAUGGAUUACAUCCUAGAUAUUUGCACAUUUAUAAUUUUGUAUUAUUAUUCGGCCCACUUACAUUGUUAACUAUGAAAGACCUUAAUGUUAGUGUAAAGUUUAUGAGAUGGACAGCUAAAAGGACAUAUAAAACUGUGAUUGUUUAUAGUGGAUUGUUUGGAUUUGUACUCUUAACACUUAUUCCACAUCAAGAAGCAAGAUUUUUGUUACCACUUUUACUUCCUGUUAUAAUCGUACCAUCGGAUAGGUUACAUAAGCUUCCUAUUUUAUUCUGGGCUGUUUGGGUUAUAUUUAAUUUAGUCUUCGUCGUAAUAUUUGGAGGAUUACAUCAAGCAGGAAUCGUCCCUAUAAUGCAAAAAUUACAAAAUCAGUCAUUGGGAUUUAAACAUUGUAAAAAUAUUAAUGGAUAUUUUCGUUGUGAAUUGGGAAAGAAAAUAACUAAUCCAGUAAAAAAUCAAUCUGAAAUUUUUACUACUAAUAUAAUAUUUUAUAAAACCUAUAUGCCACCACACCAUUUACUUGGUUAUCCUAAAUCAUGGAGAGGUACAAACAUUCAAGUUAAUAUUUAUGAUUUGGCUGGUUCUUCAUUAAGUAAUCUAGGAAAUCUGUUAUCUGAACAAGUGUUAUCUAAAAGUUCUCUAGUUGAUAAUAUAUGGAAAGGACAUAUAAUUUUUCAACAAAAUAAUAAAAAUUCCACUAAUUUUGAAAGAACAUUGUUAGUAACACCAUCUACAACAGAAUUAUCCCCAUUAUUUAUUGAAUCUUAUAACGAAUUUAUAUCAAUUGGAGAUCAUAAUGGUAAUAAAAAAAUGAGAUUAAAAUUAAUUGAACAGCAAUGGCCACAUAUUAAUUUUGAUCAUCUUGAUAGAAUAAUUGCUAAAGGAAUGUAUUUAAAUAUUUAUUUACUUAUUAGUUUUUCAGAUUAAUUUUAUUAAAUGUAUUAAAGUUAUAAAAUAGAAAUUUUUAUUAUUAUAAUAUUUAACUUUAAUGUAUAUAUAAAAAUAAAUAAAUGAUUAAAAAAAAAUUUGUAUAGUAGUAGUGCGUCCGAGUCCUGAAUACACUGAUUAGAAUCUCGUUGUUGAAGUUCGACGGUUCUGUUGAAUGAAGUUUGAAGUACAGAUUUCAAAUUGGCCUGUACGGAAG